AUGUCGGAUUGGAAAGUGGACCCAGAUACCCGCAGACGCCUUUUGCAGCUACAAAAAGUUGGCGCGAACAAGAAAUGUAUGGAUUGUGGUGCGCCAAAUCCACAAUGGGCGACGCCUAAAUUUGGAGCCUUCAUUUGCCUUGAAUGUGCUGGCAUUCAUAGAGGUCUUGGAGUACAUAUCUCAUUCGUUAGAUCUAUCACCAUGGAUCAGUUCAAACCAGAGGAGUUGGUUCGCAUGGAAAAAGGUGGUAAUGAACCUUUGACUGAAUGGUUCAAGUCGCAUAAUAUUGACUUGAGUUUACCACAAAAAGUGAAGUACGAUAACCCCGUUGCAGAGGACUAUAAGGAAAAACUGACCUGCCUUUGCGAAGACAAACCAUUUGAAGAGCGCGAACAUUUGGACUUUGACGCGUCAAAACUAUCAGUUUCAGCUUCUGUCGCUGCUGCUGCUACGUCUGGUACUGCUCAAAGUCGAGAAGGGACACCUUUGGAAAAUCGCCGAUCUGCAACACCAGCAAACUCUGGUAACGCUUUCAAUUUUCAAAAGGAGAAAAACGAAGCUUAUUUUACUGAGCUAGGUAAAAAGAACCAGUCUAAGCCAGAUCAUUUACCUCCUUCCCAGGGCGGUAAAUACCAAGGUUUUGGCAGUGCACCAGCGAACUCUUUACAAGAACAGCCCCCAAGCUCUAACACUUUGAGCCUAGAAAAUUUUCAAGCAGACCCACUGGGAACAUUGACCAAGGGGUGGGGCCUCUUCUCUAGUGCUGUUUCCAAAUCCUUUGAAGACGUAAAUGAAUCGGUUAUCAAACCUCAUGUCCAACAAUGGCAAUCUGGAGAGCUGUCCGAAGAGACAAAGAGGGCUGCCGCCCAAUUUGGCCAAAAAUUCCAGGAAACCAGCAGUUAUGGUUUUCAAGCAUUUAGUAACUUCACAAAAAACUUCAAUGGUGGUGCGGAAGCUAAUUCUACUGUAGGCAAUACAACCUACGAGGGAUAUCAAAAAAUUGACGACGCAGAUAAGAAAACCGGCCAGGAUGAAGAUAAGUGGGACGAUUUCUAA